AUGGACGAGUCGCUACUGGCUGAUAACGAGGACCGCUGUACCCGGAACGCCGAAGAGGAAGAUGAAUUGCUCUGGAACGAGCUCAAAGACGACGACCGCGCGCCCUCGUUCAGUGGACCCAGUCACCAAGUCCCUGUAUCAAGUGCUCGUGCAAGUGGCUCGUCUCCAGGGGCCGCGCCGCUGCCGUCGCUGCGUGUAAACGUGCACCUUCCUGCCAUCUCGACGCUCUUCCGUGACGUCCUGGACACUCUCAAGGGCGCGCUGCCAGGUGCGCAACGUCGAGCUACUGGACAAAGAGAAGCUGCUGCUGCUACUGCUACUGCUACUGCUACUGCUGCUGCUGCUGGGCGAGUGUCGCCCGUGCCUGAUCGCUACGGUCGCGUGGCAAAUCUCGAUGCGUUCCUCAUCACGUUGUACAAUUACUACUACCACAAAGGCUUUUGGAGCAUUGUGGUCGUGGAACUAGUGAGUCUGACGACAGGCCUCUUGAGUGUCGUGCUCUCGAGUUUUUGCUCAGUUGUGUGCAGUGGAAACCGUUGCUGGAAUGCCAUCGACACCCGGAGCGACGAGGUUGUGCUCAGGACAUGGAGCAUUACGUUUCGUGUCGAGCUGACACGAAUGGUCUGCUUGGGCUCAUUGGGACCUUUUACUUUGCCAUGUUCCUUUUGUACUGGGUGUCGCGACUUUUCCAGCUCGUUGGAACGUUGCGAGAUACGAAAGAGAUGGAGACGUUUUACAAAGAGCGACUGGGUAUUCAUGAGAGACAGGUGCAGACUGUUGCGUGGGACGAAGUGGUAA